CUACGUUAUAUGGACAACAGAGUAAUGGUGAAGAAUGAUAUAGAACAUGUAAUAAAAAGUCUAAAGCAACACAGUGGACACAUCACCGUUGAUAUUCAUCAGUACUAAGACAACAACAUUGGUUGUUUAUCAAGCUAGUUCUCGUAUAAUCGUAAAGAGGUUACUUUUUAGUUCAACAAACACUAUUUGAAGCAAGUAAAACGGUGUUUGUACUACCCUGAUUCCGUUAAAACAUCCGUGUAGACACGAUAAUGGAAAUUCCAUGCAUUGUCUUAUUCAUACAAUCUGUAAAUGGACUGUAUUUUGGAUUACAUGUGAGCAAUAGACAUCAGGUGCUUGCGAUAAUUAAUCAUAUGGACUUGGGAAUUUGACGAAUCGAAAAAAUGUCAACAUUCGCAAGGAGACGUAUUGUGCAGGAUAUUUCCAAAAUUACAAAGGAUCCUCCAGAAGGCUGUCGAGCUGAACCCUUCCCAGAUAAUAUGAUGGUCUGUCACGCUAUUAUAAGAGGACCUAAGGACACAUUGUGGGAAACUGGAACGUUUCAUCUACUUAUGAAAUUCACGGAAGAAUAUCCAACGAAACCACCAUGCGUUAAAUUUAUUUCAAAAAUUUAUCAUCCAAAUGUUUAUUUAGAUGGGCGUAUUUGUUUGGAUAUCUUACAGAAUCAAUGGACCGCCAUCUAUGAUAUUUCGUCAAUCCUUUUGUCCAUACAGUCACUACUGAGUGAGCCAAACAUAAAGUCUCCGGCCAACUCAGAGGCAGCAAAAAAGCUCGAAACAGACAAAAUAGCAUAUGAUAAAAAUGUACUUAAAUGCGUUGAAGAUUCUUGGAUUCCACCUAGGAUUACAAAGGCAACACUUAAAUUUUAAAGGGCAAUAAGCUCACUCUCGGAUAAGAUAUAUUCUAUAAUAUCCUAAUAUAUCGCACAAAUAGCAUUGACAUCAAUGCGAACGAUAAAAACAUAUUGUUCGCACGUA